AUCAGGAACUAAUGUAUAUGCAUAUUAAUGCAAGCAGAGGCCCCCAGGUGAACCCGGAAGUGUGUUUUCUGCGCCCAUGGCAUUAAGGAGGUUCUGCCAAACAAAUUACCUUUAUUCAUGCAUUAUUCACGCGCAUACUGCAACUUCCUAGGGUCAUCUGAUUUUUCAUAUAAAGCAUAAUUGUCAUAACGCUUCAUUCCAUUCCACUUACUUUUGUUAUUGUAAUUAUUAUUAUAUGGUAUAACAGUGUGAGGUUGAUCAUGCUAUAUAUCCAGCAGGAGGCUUUCCUAUUUAAUAGCAAUGGGGUGCAUCUUCCUUAAUAAGUGACGUCAAAGGAGCCUGGAUCAGCGCGCAUGCGCGGGAAAGCGGAGCGGCAGCCGCAGCACGGAGCAGUGCGCGAAACAACAGCAGACAUGGCAAGAGAUGGCGAGGGACGCGAGCACACCGACACCAUGCACUGCUGAAGGGACGGGGGCCUUAAUAUUAAAACAAAAUUACAAAACUUUAUAAAACAUAGAAAAAGGGAAGAAAAAAAAACAGAAAAGAAAACAAAGAAAAAAUAUUCAAGAUAAAAAACAGAACUUUUCCAAUGAGAGCACUUCUGUGGACACUGCUCCGCUAUAUCAGAUAGAUGAUUUGUCCACACGCUUGCACGUAUAAUGAACGCCCAGCUGUCGAUGGAGAACAUUGGCGAUCUGCACGGAGUGAGCCAUGAACCGGUCCCCAGCGCGGCGGAUCUCAUGACCGGAGACAGCGCUCAUCACAGGAGCCAUCGGAGCAGCCUGUCAGCCCAUGCGCGCUCCAUGGGCAUGGCAUCAAUCCUGGACAGCGGCGACUAUCAUCACCAUCGGCCCCCGGAGCACCCCGGGCUCGCAACGCACCUGCACCCGGCCAUGAGCAUGGCGUGCGAGGCUCCCCCCGGGAUGAGCAUGAGCAGCACCUACACCACCCUCACCCCGUUGCAGCCCUUACCGCCCAUCUCCACCGUCUCCGACAAAUUCCCGCACCACCAUCAUCACCACCACCACCACCACCAUCAUCACCCGCACCAAAGGAUCCCGGGGAACGUCAGCGGGAGCUUCACCUUGAUGAGGGACGAUAGGGGUCUAGCCCCGAUGAACAACCUCUACUCUCCCUACCACAAGGACGUCGCCAGCAUGGGACAGAGCUUGUCGCCCCUGUCCGGAUCCGGUUUGAGCGGCAUCCACAACUCCCAGCAGGGGCUGCCGCCCUACGCGCACCCCGGGGCCACCAUGCCCGCCGAGAAGAUGCUCACACCCAACGGAUUCGAGGCACACCACCCCGCGAUGUUGGCUCGACACGGGGAGCAGCACAUGAGCGCGUCUUCGGCGAGCAUGGUGCCGAUCAACGGCAUCCACCAUCACCCGCACGCCCAUCUCAACGCCCAGGGCCACGGGCAGGUGCUGGGCUCCACUCGGGAGCAGAACCACUCCUCCGCGCCCGGAUCGCAGCUCAACAACGGCAGCAGUUCGGGACAGAUGGAAGAGGUCAAUACCAAAGAAGUGGCCCAAAGGAUCACCACGGAACUGAAAAGAUACAGCAUUCCGCAAGCCAUCUUCGCCCAGAGAGUGCUGUGCCGCUCGCAAGGGACGCUUUCGGACCUGCUCCGGAACCCUAAGCCCUGGAGCAAGCUCAAGUCUGGUCGGGAAACCUUCCGCAGGAUGUGGAAAUGGUUGCAGGAGCCUGAGUUCCAGAGAAUGUCAGCGCUCAGGCUCGCAGGUGAGAGAACAAUAGCGUGCAAGAGAAAGGAGCAGGAGCACGGUAAAGGCGAGCGGGGGAGCAUCUCCAAGAAGCCCCGGCUGGUCUUCACUGAUGUCCAGCGUCGGACUUUACAUGCAAUAUUCAAAGAAAACAAGCGCCCGUCCAAAGAGUUACAAAUCACCAUCUCUCAGCAGCUGGGCCUGGAGCUCGCCACCGUCAGCAACUUCUUCAUGAACGCGCGUCGACGGAGCCUUGAUAAGUGGCUGGACGACGGCAGCUCCAACUCGGCCAACUCCUCCUCCUCCAGCACUUGUACCAAAGCAUGAUGGAGUAAUGGCUGCAUUAUGGGGAAAAAAACAAAACAAACAAAAAAAAAACUUCGGUGGAAAAGCUUUAAACAAAGAAAACUUAACAAGAGACAAUUUUAGACAGCGUUUGCCCUUAAAACUUGUACAGUACCGAUAUUUAUAAUAUCCAAAGAAAAACACCAAAGACUACUUUGACCCCCAUUUAGGACUUUGUUCGUUUAUGUCUGACAUUCUACAAAAAAAAAAAAAAAAAAAAAGAAAAGAAACAAGUUACACUCCAAUCACUGGUCGUUCCCCAUCUCAACACAAUCCCCUAACUUACAUCUCAAAGUCUUUAUUUUUUCACUUGAUCGGUUGCUUUCAAAACCUUUUUCUCAUCAAUGAUUGGUCAUUCUCUCAAACGUGGAGUGAUUGUUAUUCACUCUGAUGUCAGAUUCCAUAUUUGAGGGGCUUGACCUGCAGGUGUAAUGCCUCACCUCUGUGUUUUUAGGCAUCCCAGAUCUAGCCAAGGAUGCCAAAUAUAAUCAGGUGGUGUAGAAUCUUGACAAAGGUUGCCUGAAUGUCACCCUCAGGAUAGUGCUUUCUUCCUAAUUGUUGGAAAAGUUACAUAGGAACCUAAAAAAUACAUGUGAACUUGCCAUCUUCACUUCUUAUCAAUCACAGAUGGUAGAACCAAAGAAACAUGUGUAUUUUAUUACUAUUAUUAUUUUAAAAUCAGGCAAAACUUCCUCUUAUCAAGACACUCUGUGACAGGUCCAUUCAGGUGACUCCGUAAACGUAAUAUGGACUGCGGGUCCUGUAGCCAUUUAACAUAUAAUUAAGUCUCUUAUUUGUCCUAACGAACAAACUAGUAGUAGUCAAGCAUGUCUCUGUGAGGACACAUCUGUGCCCGCACCCCAUUCCUGCCUCGGUCCUUUCUUGUGAUUAUUUCAGGGAGAUUUUUGCUAGCUUUAACCUGCCUUUUUUACCUGUAUUUUAAAUGUUUCAAUGCCAGUUGCUGAAAACCAAAGAUAAAGUUACACUAACUAGCAUCUGUCACCGUUUCAUACCCACAUCCAUCAGUCAAACAUAGCUUAUAAGGAGAUAUUGAGUUUCGCAGACUCUCAUUUAAUGAUGUCUGGGUGAAAUAACACAGGGUUUUUGUCAUUUAUCAUAAUUAGCUUUGUCUGCAUGCACAUGUUAAUUGUCAUUCGAGGAAGCAGGAGGAAAUUCAGGUUGUUUUGUGUUACAUUUCAUUUCACAGACUUAUUUCAUUGCAUACAACCAACUUUCUCAUCCUUAAUGUAACGUUUGAAUGCCUGGUGGCUGACAGCAUGCUUUCACAUACCCAUAAGCCGUCAUGUGGUUUCAUUUCCCCUUUCAGCUCACUUAGAUGCUGUUUUUAUUUCUUGAUAGAAGGCUAUUUCAUUGUCUAAUGCAUCAUUUUCACGCCAUCGACCAUCAACGCCACCUCAGUGUCCCCAUCCGGGCCCAGAACCCAAUACCCCGCCUGGAAAGAGAGAGAGGGAGCAUUCUAUGCAUUUCACAACUAGGAAGAAAGCAUUAUUGAGACUGAAGCAGGGUGAUGCGUUCGCUUCAUAUAAUAGACUCACUCAAACUCACAAGAUAUCUGGCCUUGUUGUCUCUUGUGGUGUGUUUUAGCUUUAAAAUAUAUUUGGUAUUUACGACUAUUACAACAUCGAAGCAUAUAUAAAAGAGCGCUGCUUCCUCAUGUAGAAAAGCAGAAAAAUGACAAAAAAAAAAAACUAAACAAAAAAAACAUGUUAAGACCUGCUGAUAUUUAUAGUGUGAACCAAAGAUGCUACCUCAGUCCGUUUCCAUUUGUGAUUUCUAUCAAAGUAAUGAUACCAAAGAAUACCAAAGAUUUGUUCUCUUUGCACGGCCUAAAUGAAUGAUAAGGUGGAUGAAUAGAUGGUGUGUUUCCACUCCUUUUCCCCUGCCUCCUCCUCUCCUUCGCUCUAAUGCUCUCUAUCACUCAUCCGUGCUCAUAACAGCGCCCUCGGCAGACAUGUUUUAAACUCACAGGACGAGUGCCUUGCUUGAACCAAAGUGUUAAACCGCCGUUGACCUCUCGACACCCACCUUUUAACUCUCGGAAUACCUCAGCCUGUGGAAGGGCCACUGAUGAAGAAAAAAUGGAAUAUUUCUUCUCUCUCACCGUGGUGCUUUUGCCAGUGCAACCAUGCAAUGAAAACAUACCAAAGGAAUUUCUCUUGCUUUCUCCAACUCUCACUGACAAACCAAAGCUCCUGCCACCUCCCUUUUAAACGCCCAGCCAAAUCUGCCGCUUGCCCCGCCCCCCCUCACCGCGUCACCAGUGGGUGUGUCCACCGAUUAGGCCGUGCACGUCUUUACCAAUAUCUGAAUACCUCAUAGUAAUAAAUUUUCACAGUUCUGUUGUAUAGAGAGUUUAUGUGAUUAAGGCAGAACUAACUAGUUUGGUAAUCAUUGAUGUUACUUCGGGAAAAAGCUUUAUGAGUAUUUAUUUUGACGGUUUUGGCUAAAGUGCUCAGUUUUGGUCACCAAAGGCGAGUUUCUGAGAUAGAAGCCUGAAACUUGCAGAAAGAAAAAGAAGCUUAUUUUUUUUAAAGCCUUGUGUUAUUCCGAUACUCUUAAGGAUGUUUGACUAUUCUUUUUUACAGGGUAAAACCAACUGCUGUGAUUCUGUGUCUAUAUUCGUUCACUUUCUUCUACUACGGUGUUGUGAUUUACGUUAAUUUAAUUGCAUUUUUGUAUCGCUUAACCUCUGUUUAAUUUAUGUAUUUGUAGAAAAUAUAGAUUUGUACAUAGUAGGUUUUUUGAAAAAAAAAACAAAACAAACAAAAACCAAACAAAAAAAAUGGACAUUUAUUUUAUUUUACAGCCUUAUGUCUGAAGUGUAGAUAUAUUGAUGAAUUUCCAUUCCUCUGUGUUUGUAUGUUAGAUGGCACUUUGGCCCUUGUACUAAUACACUGCCAGAGAUCCAAACGGUCCGCCCACAGAGACCCGACCUCAUUGCGGCGAAAAAAGCAGUGUUUGAUGUUUUUUAGUUGAUUUUUUUUUUUUUUUUUUAUGUUAUUUAAAUGUCCAGAAUGAUUUUGUCCUUUGUACUUAAAAUCAUUGUUUUAUGGGUAUUGCUGCACAUCCAAAGAUUUUCUAACCAAACCAAAAAGUGGGAGGGGGGAGGGGGGGGGACGAAAGAAAGAAAGUAGUGUAAUUUUUGCAUAAGCACUGGCGUUUGUGAGGUUAUUUGCUGUCUGCACGGGUAUGAACCAGUAGAGGGCAUAGUGGGACAAUGUAGACAAGUUUAGUGGGGGGCAUAUACUGCUAAACAGUACAAUCUGUGGCUUUUGGGAAGGAGGGCUACAAGUCCUGCUGUGUCGGACACUGAGAGGGUGGAGCGUGGGCGGGGCAGCAGGUCUGCCGGGGGCGGGGCCACGUCGCUGGGUUGAUUUUUAAUUGACGUGGCACUGCUGCCUAGAUCCAUCUGAUAUGUCAAUUUUGGUUCGAACGUGUGUACUGACAAUGAGCAAAGUCUAAUAAAUCUGCAAAGCAAACAGGAAUUGAUGUGUGCAUGUAUGGGGAGGGCGAAAGUGUGUGUCUAAUGUUGUAUGUUGAAGGUGACGAAACUUCUGCUCCACUAGUGGCACCAAACAGAUCUGCAGAAAACAAGUUUCAAACAUUCUUCCCGUCUUCCACAGUUUGGAUUAUCUAAGGAAUUCUAAAUUACCCCAAAAAUUGGUUACUGGCAAAACAUGUGCCAUGAUGUUUGUAAAACUUUUGUUUGCUCAGAAUACAUGGUUACCUUUAAAUAGACAAAUGCUUUGUGCCUGCAUAAUGGCAAACUGCAAAAGCUAACAUGUUAAAAUGGGACAGUUUCAGGCUGCCCCCCUCAAAAUCACAGCAUUGGUUGAGCCUGUAUUGUUAUUUCAGCAGUUUCCAUUUCUGUUUGAUUCUGCUAGUGGUUCAGACAUGGUUUUGUACAGUUCACCUUAACAAUUGGGUGCAUUUUGUGUGUCUGCUUAGGAUGGAGGACACCACUUGAAAACAUCAUGAAAAGAAUGAGGCAUAACAAUGUCCCUUAUAUUAGCAGGACUGAAGAGAAAGCUCAUGAUAGCAGCACUUUUCGUCUCACAAUGCUGUACAAUCAGAAUUGUUUCAUUAGGUUCGCUGGCCAUGGGUUUCCUGUGUCGCAUAAGGGAUAUCGGAUAGAUGAUCCAGGUGCAGCUUUUAAGAUUUGUUUUUGUACAAUAGCAAAGAGUGGCAUAAAUCAAGCCCUACUGUGAGUCAAGAUCCUCUCUGCCCACAACACAGUCAAAGACCCAGAAGUGUUCGCCAACAGCGUCACAGCUGCUGUCUGCAUCAGAAUACUCACCCCUUCUCUUCCCAAACCUUACGCUCCGUCCCGACCCACUCCUCUAAUGUAGUGUCUAGCUUAGAUAGCUCGAUGUAUGUGAAUGUUGGGAUUGCUCUAAUCAUUAAUUCCUAUCCCAGUUGGUUGUCGUGGAAAAGGAGUUCCCAUUUGAUAGAAGGCUUGGCUCUGUGUGCCGUAUAAUACUGAGAGCGCCUAAGACAAUCAGCUGGAAAACAAAAUCAUGUUUUUCAUUUUUUAAUAUUUAUUUUUUUGUAGGUCCAAGAGGGACUACUUCCAGCGAUGAUUAUUAUAAAGAAAGAGGAAGGUUUUGAUAAACUGAAAAAUAAACUUGCUGACAUUUUCUUUCGCAAAAGUAGUGCUUGUUACCAUUUCGAACAGUGCAUCUUGUAUCAAGCUGGUUCUGUUGUUACACUUUUCUUUUUCUUCUCUCUUUCUCUCGGCCUGUUUUCUCUGUAUGUUGUGUCUGUUUCAGUGGAGGAAUGCAGUAGGUAUUACUCUCAGGUUGUAAUGCGUCAUGCUUUUAAUUUUAAAUUCCGAUCUAUAUCAAAUUGUUUGUUUUUUUUUUUCCCCCUUUCUUUACUGUUAGCUACUGUUCUCUAUAUGCCGUGCAAUAUCAUCUUCUGUGUUUGCUAAGCAAGAAAAAGAAAAAAGAAAAAAAAGAUGCAAGUAAUGAUGUCACCAUGCUUUUUUCAGUGUUAAAAUGUUUCAGCAUUUCUGUAGUCACAAAAAUGUAGAAAAUAAAAAGGUUGGGUUUUCCAGCGCAUCACAACCAGA